UUGAUGAUGACUGAUCGAGUUGGGUUGACGAUGCUUUUGCUUGGUGGUGCAAAGCGAAUGCAAAAUCGUAGCCAUUUGGAAAAUUGAAGAAAACUGAAAGUUUUGUGCUAUUUUAUCGUGGAAAACGUCGCGUAAGUAGUUGUUUUGCGAGAUCGUGCGCGGUAUAAUCCAGUAGGUGCUGCAAAAAGAAAGAUUCCCUGGUUGAUGUGAAUUGUCGAAAAAAUAUUCAGGUGUUCCGCUUCCCAAAGAAAGCAAAAGAAGAAGCAGCUGCAUCGCGCAGUGAAUCGCUCGUUGAGCUGUUUUCAUCGACGACUUGGCAGAAUUAAGAAACGGGAACCGUUUUGUGACCUAAACGGAAAAAUAGAAACCAAAGUGAGUGCAAGUUAUCCACGCAAUUUUGGCUAUGCAAAACCUAAUAUGCAAGACAGAGAAUUCACACCCCAUUAUUGCGGAAAAAGUGAUUUUUUUUUCGCUAAGUGAUAGUGUCAUUAUUUGUUUGGACAUCAAAAUUAUAUAAGAUUGAGUCACUGAAAUUCCUGUGGUCAGUUGACAAAUUGAAGAAUCGGUAUCGGAAAAGCGGAAGCCAAAGAAUCCAUACAGUUUUACUAACUUGAGCGACAAGUAUGCGAAGGUACAGCAAGUAACGUUCCAAGUCUUAAUGAUUUACAUUUGGUUUCCCAAAACAAAAAUUAACUGCUAGGGUGGACAGAUAAAUGAUGAGAUACAUGUUGAACAGCUUUAACUAAUAAAGCUCAACAGAAAUAAUCCUCAAUAGAAGGAGUGACCGUAGAAAUACGAGCAAUACCAGCUAUACUGCAUAUUUUUAUAGUAGGUAAUUGAGUAGGAAAAUCAGUCCAAGCUGUGAGUAAUAGGUUCACCAUAAAACAAGCGGGGGAAGUUGGGUGGGGACACUAUCGCCUAAUCGAUACGAAUCGACAGCCACGCUAGUGUGCGAGAACGUGAUCAACAACUACCAAAAACCCCCUUUUCGCAAGUACGAAGGGGGGAUUAAACACGCUUGUUAUUGAACAAAACGAGCAACACGUAGACGAGCGUCGUCGAUAAAAUACAAUUAAAACGCCGCCACCGCACCGUUACAACAGAUGGAAGAGGGAAUACAUCAGCUGAGUAUUACGAUCGAGCAUGCCUCCUUACGCAGUAAUGGAUUCCUCAAGCCAAAUCCGUACGUGGAGAUUUCUAUUGACAAUAAAAGCACCCGCAAAACCGACUUUUUGAAGAACACAAAUGCGCCCAAAUGGAACGAGCGCUUCACGGUGAUUGUGUCUGCCAACUCGGUGCUGCAUUUCCGAGUGCUGGAUCACUCGAGCUUCCGGAAGGACUCGGUGCUCGGUCAGCAGACGGUCUAUCUGUCAAACAUUCUCGAUCACUACAAUGGAGUGCUGGAGAAUUUGGAACUGAGCAUGGACCUGCUCACGGAUGGUUCCGGUUCGAAAGCGAACGAGCCACGCCAGCCGAUGAAAACCGGCGAACUGGUGGCGGUGCUGAAUGGGCUCAAAAUUGAUAUGCGCUCGGUGGCAUUGAGAGCCGGAAACAGCGGUGCAGGACUUCACAGCAAUCAUGGGAAUGACGUCGGGGCACACACUAAUGGCAAUGGGCAACUGCAUCCUACACUGUUGGAACUGCCCGGCACGAGUACCGGCACCGGUAGCAAUCGAAGCAGCAUUCUGAACGGAGGCAUACGAGCGCGAAUGCGACUACGUGGGUCUUCGUCACAAAAUCAGUCGUCGCAACUACAGCCCGCUUCCGCAGUGCACGGGGGCGUCCAAUCUUCGUCUGCGCAGUACCAGCCACCACCACCACAUCAUUCCCCAUCGCCAUUGAACCACGCCAACAGCAAUAAUCCAACAGUUGAUUGUGCCGCAGCGAACUUCAAUGAUCUAAACAUAAGUUCCACCGGAUCAGCAGCGUCUUCGACGGGUGCCAUGGGAAACGGUGUUGCAAUGCCUAUAGGCGGUGGAGCUUCACCAAUGGGUCCUGCAGCAUCAACCGGUGCAGUUCGCCGAAGUAGUGGAAUGAAUUGGGAUCAGCAACAGCAGCAAGCGAUGCAUUCAAUGGCUGCGGGACAUCCGCGACUAGGUCCGGUAUAUUCGAACUCAUCGCAAGAUUCAUUGAUCAAUGGGGUUCCUAAUGGUGCUAAUCAUGGACAAGCGCAGCCUAAUCUGAGCGGAGCGUUAAUUCCUGUAAAUGGUGUUCCACCACAAGUGUCGGCAACAGGAGCGCCAGGUGCAAUGGUUCCAAUUGGAGGAAGCCUAACUGACCAGCAAAUGAUGCUGCAGGCAGCCCAACAAAAUCAAGUCGACGAUGAACCACUUCCUGCGGGUUGGGAAAUGCGUGUCGAUAAGUACGGUCGCCGAUAUUACGUUGAUCAUAACACACGUUCUACCUACUGGGAAAAGCCGCAACCUUUGCCGGCUGGUUGGGAAAUGCGUCGCGAUGCACGAGGUCGAGUUUACUAUGUAGAUCACAAUACACGUACUACAACGUGGCAGCGACCAAACAGUGAACGGUUGAUGCAUUUCCAGCAUUGGCAAGGGCAACGUCAGCACAUCAUAUCGCAAGGCAAUCAACGGUUCCUGUAUCCUCAGCAUGCUCAACAAUCGAACACCACGCCCGUACAGGAGGAAGAUGACGGGUUAGGCGCUCUUCCUGACGGAUGGGAGAAACGUGUUCAACCAGAUAAUCGCGUGUACUUUGUCAACCACAAAAACCGUACAACCCAAUGGGAAGAUCCGCGAACGCAGGGUCAAGAAGUCAACAUGCUUGCCGAAGGUCCCCUUCCCCCUGGGUGGGAAAUUCGAUACACAGCGACGGGUGAACGGUUCUUCGUAGAUCAUAAUAAUCGAAAAACUACAUUCGACGAUCCGCGACCUGGUGCCCCAAAAGGUGGAAAAGGAGUCUACGGAGUACCUCGAGCUUAUGAGCGAUCAUUCCGAUGGAAGCUUAGUCAAUUCCGGUACCUGUGUCAAAGCAAUGCCCUUGCGUCCCACAUAAAAAUAACACUCACUCGACAAACGCUAUUUGAGGACUCUUAUCAUCAAAUAAUGCGACUGCCGGCGUAUGAACUACGGCGACGGUUGUACAUCAUCUUUCGUGGUGAAGAGGGCUUGGACUAUGGGGGUGUGUCGCGCGAAUGGUUCUUCUUGCUGUCUCAUGAAGUAUUGAAUCCAAUGUACUGCUUGUUCGAGUAUGCCAACAAGAACAACUACAGUCUGCAGAUCAACCCGGCUAGUUAUGUCAAUCCGGAUCAUCUACAGUACUUUAAAUUCAUCGGAAGGUUCAUCGCCAUGGCUCUGUACCACGGGCGAUUUAUCUAUUCCGGGUUUACGAUGCCGUUCUACAAGCGGAUGCUGAACAAGAAGCUUACUACCAAAGAUAUCGAAUCGAUUGAUCCGGAAUUUUACAACUCGCUGAUUUGGGUACGGGAUAAUAAUAUUGACGAGUGCGGACUAGAACUUUGGUUUAGUGUGGACUUUGAGGUGCUCGGGCAAAUCAUUCAUCAUGAAUUGAAAGAAGAAGGGGAUAAGGAACGAGUUACGGAAGAAAACAAGGAAGAGUACAUCUCUUUAAUGACGGAAUGGCGAAUGACAAGAGGUAUUGAAGAGCAAACCAAAACCUUCCUGGACGGUUUCAACGAGGUGGUGCCUUUGGAAUGGUUGAAAUAUUUCGAUGAGCGUGAACUGGAACUGAUGCUUUGCGGUAUGCAAGAGAUAGAUGUUGAUGAUUGGCAGCGUAAUUCGAUCUACCGACAUUAUAACCGUAAUAGUAAACAGGUUGUUUGGUUCUGGCAGUUUGUACGAGAAACAGACAACGAGAAACGUGCACGACUGUUGCAAUUUGUAACCGGAACGUGUCGUGUACCAGUAGGUGGAUUUGCCGAGCUGAUGGGUUCCAACGGGCCCCAGCGAUUCUGCAUCGAAAAAGUAGGCAAAGACACGUGGCUGCCACGGUCGCAUACGUGUUUCAACCGGUUGGACUUGCCGCCCUAUAAAAGCUACGAUCAGCUGGUUGAAAAGCUAAAUUACGCGAUUGAAGAGACAGAAGGAUUUGGACAAGAGUAGGCGCUUUCGUUAAAGAAUUCGUUUUCGAAAAAAAAAAUAGGAUGAGUGAAAUCAGCGGUGAUACAAAAUUCGCAGUUUGAAUUGAUUAGAGCAACGCGGUAUUUUCCUAGUUUUAGGUGAAAAGUUGUUAUAUUCUUGUUUAUUUCUAAAAUGUGAUCCUGCAUAUUAUGUAAAACACUGGUUCAAAAAAGAUUGCUUUAUUUUAACGUCGAUGAACCGGUAUUGAUAAAUGGAUAAUAUCUAAUAUUGUAAAUAUGUUAGAAAGUAAAAUUGGAGAAAUCUGAUUAGUUUUCCCUUAAUCCAAAAAAAACGUGAUAAAUGAAGACAUGGUGAGUAACUAUAGUAAUAUAUUAUAGAUCUUUUGUACAUUAUGUAAAAGUAGGCCUAGCAGAAUUAGAUGAAAUUUUAAACGAAGUACAGUUACUUCAUUUAAAAAAACAACAUCCACUAUAUAACUUGUUGUCUAUGCUAUUAGGAAACGUACUCAACACUGUGUAUUCCAGCAGCUUCCAUGGAAGUCCAAUUUUACCAAUCAAAUAAAAAGAUCCACCCAAAAACAAUAGAUUUCAAUCCGUAAUCCUACUUUCCUCUUUAAUUUGAUACAUAAUGCGUAGGUUACAUUUGUUCGAAGGGGAAAAUAUAAAAGGAGCAACGUCGGGGCCAUGUUAGAAAUUACCUAAUUGUUGAAUGCGAUAAAACACUGUACUUUCAAGUCAAAUGAAUUGGAUAAAAAUAAACACAUUUUACAAUAGAUAAGUAAUGUACGGAAUAAAGAAAUGGAAGACA